GCUGGAAGUUUGCUGGGGCCCCUUUGGCUGUGGCUCUCAACAUCUUUUCUAGCUGUUCUUGUCCUUCAUUACUCCCAGGAAUGACUGUGUUUUGGAUUAACUGUUUUUGAACUCCACAGACACAGGGGACUGGACCUUUGGAGGGAUGCUCAUCAACUACAGCAGGAUUAACUGGGUCUGAAUUGCACUCUAAAAUGGACACAGGUGGACUGUCUCUCCCUGAACUCACUGAUAAGGAGGACUAGCAGGAGACACAGCCACAGGGAAAGAGCGUGAUUCAUUCACUCCUGAGACUGAGUUUCUGGCACUGAGCACAUUGGAUUAGCUGAAGAGAUACAAGAUCUGAUACGAGGACUGUGACCUUGCUUCCUCCUCCAACCUGCACACUCCAGGUAGUCCCUGUGCCCGCCUCACCUGUCAUCCCUUCAGCCAGCAGGCCCACCAAGUCCUCCUGCUCAAUAGAUGGGACUGUAAUGUGGGUACUAAGGGUACCAAUGCUGAUCCUGUGGUGUCAGCAAAAACCAAGCCUGGGAAACAUUCUUUGCUGAGAGCUGAGGAUGUUAUCGGUCUUGACAACUCAGCUCUGAUGCUAACAGUUACCAGACUUCCAGUAGAUCUGGGCAUCCUGGUUAUAGCAGAAUAAACUAAGAUCACCUGGUUGAAGGUCAGCCACCCAAAGAUAUCCAGUGGGAUCCAGUGGGGAAGUAAGGGAAUUAUCUGAGCCCAUCCCCAGUUUUUCUCUCCAUAAUGAGGAUGGAGAAGACCUUGAGGAGGGUUCAUCUGAAAUCUACAGGACAUCAGGGUGGAGAGGCUGAGAGAGGCCACAUGUCCACAGGAGCAACAUGGGUUGCGGGAGUAGCAUGUCUGCAGUGACACUGUGGGUCCUGAACACGGAGUUUCCCACUUUCAGUUCCAGUUCCCUUGUGUUCACCCCACAGCUCUGUCUCCCCAAGAGCCUGAAGAGGGAUUGAGGUGGUCCUUGCUUCCUCCCCAAGCCCCACAGUGAGGAUGUUGAGCUGCCCCCAGUCCCUCCCACCCCUUGCUGUGUGGACUGCCCAGGAUGUGACAUCGAUAAGUGGGUGUCAGAAGAGAGAGACUUAUUUGGGGCUUGGGUGGGGUAGCACUCUGGUGCUUCAAAGCAGGAGCCUCUUCACCAAUUAAUAAGGGUUUGGGUUUCUCUUGGGCUAGAAUGAAUGCGCUUCUGAUCUGGGGGUGAGAGGAAGGGAGUGUUUCUUUCCAUCCUCUGGCCACGCAGUUUCCCUGGGUUUCCAGGGUGUGGGGAAUGCAUCUCUGGUGGCCUGUCCCUGGUAGGCCUGUGGUUGGCGUUGAAGUGGGUGGAAAUGUUCAAGUGUUCUGGUGAUUCUGGGUCCUCAUUGUGGGGUGUGUCUGUGUCCUCAGAGCCCCUCUCUCGCCCUUGAAACCCUACCCUGUGGCUCUGUUCCUCCGUCCUGCCUUCCCCACACCCACCCAACUUGCUUGUUUUACUUGCUCUCCUCUCUCCCUGAAACCUGGAGAUUUUGGAAUGUCCCCCGGACCAGAGAUGCCACUGAAUCCUCCUGAAUGCACAUUGAGCUCUGAUUUCCCCCCUCCCCCACUGAUUUCCAUACCUGACUGUGUCCUGGAUGUGUGCCUUGCACUUGUUGGAUGAUUAAAUAUUUUAUGUGAAUUUUGUCACGACCUGUGCAGCAUCAACAAAGGAUCUCAAGCAGGAGAGACUGGGGAUGGAGAAAAAUGCAGAGACAUUUUUAAGCAAACCUGGGGCCAGGUGGGACACAGCACUCUGUUGGAGGAACAGUGACCCAGAACUAGCUCUGCAAGUUUAUUACGUAGGGUCUCAUCAUCAGGCAGUGAAACUCCAGGGCACUGUAAAUUUCAAGGUUGUGAGUUAUCAAGAGGCUUCUUUGUGGACUAAAAAGUUACAGAGCUAGAAACACUUGUGCAGUUAUCCUACUGUUCCAGUGCUGGGAACAUCCUGCUGCACCCAGGACGUCCAAAUCUACUGGAAGUCUGAUAACUGUUAGCAUCAGAGCUGAGUAGUCAAGGCUGAUAACAUCUUCAGCUCUUGGCAAGGAAUGUUUCUCAGGCUUGGCUUUUGCUGACACCCACAGGAUCAGGCUAUGGCUGGGGGCUCAUCUUCUCUCCACAAACUUUGAUCUAUGUUUUCCCGUAUUGUUAUGCUUGCAUAACAAUACAGAGGAGUUACAGAAAAAUGAAACUUAAAAGCUAAAUAAAAGAAGUCUGGACAUCUAGUCAGCACCACACAAUACUUCUGGACAGAAGGAUGGCUCAGGACAGAAGAAAACCAAAACGUGGAGACCUAAUUGAAAUUUUUCGUGGUGGCUUUGAGCACUGGGCCAUCUAUGUGGGAAAAGGUUAUGUGGUGCAUCUCGCUUCACCAAGUGACGUGGCAGGAAGUGGCGUGAACAGUUUCACCGUCCUCGGUGACACAGCCAUAGUGACAAAGGAGCUGCUGUCCGUGGUGGCUGGAGGAGAUGCGUACCGGAUCAAUAACAAGAACGAUGAGGAGUAUGACCCACUGCCGCCCCAGAAAAUUGUCCAGCAGGCAGAGAAAAUGGUCGGGAAGGAAGUCUCCUAUUCAGUGACCAGCAACAACUGUGAGCACUUUGUGAAUGCGCUGCGCUACAGAGUUUCCCGCAGUGACCAGGUGCUUAGUGGAAUCAUCACAGCUCUUUAUUGGGCUUGUUUUUGGUGCUCCAAGAUUCCUCUUUAGGAUGGGGGCCGGAAUACUGCGGAACAACCAGUAAAUCCAAGGCCUUAGGUUGGCGGCACCAGUUAACUCUGGGGGAUUUGAGCAAGCUGGUUUACAGAUUUCACUCUCUUUUGUAAUCAUGAGCACUUGGGUUAGUGGAGCCGAAUCAAAGCACAGGAAGCUGGUUUCUGAGUGAAAUGCUGCAUAGCAGGAAUACUAUUAAAGAGCUUGUUGCACAAUG